AUGAAGCGCCCGCAGCCCGGUAUGACCAUUGCCCCCGAACCUCCCUUACGAGCGCGCACCUUGAAUGCCUCUCGAUUGUAUUCUUUGCCUUCAUUCCCUGGUGCCGGGUUCAAUUUCCUUCCCUUGUGCACAUGCGCAGAUUUGGUGAAGGAGCAUGGGGUCCCCCCUUUCACCGACGAAGUGUUCUGUCCGGCGUGCCGCACCGUUUUCCCUGACACUCGACAUUACCCCGCCCUCCGGAAUCUCGAAUGUACAGCAGACUUAGACCGCGUCGACCACCUCCCACCCCGCCUGAAAUACAACCCUCUCUCCUUUGUCGAAGACGAAGAUCUCGGUCCCCCUACGAGCGACAGCCCGAUCUUCGCUGACCUCGCGCGAAUUGAGGCGAGGAAGAAAGGGCUCGAAGAAUGCAAGGCGUCUAUCGCGAGGCGUCUGGUCGUUCUCCGGAAUCUGAAGGAAGAAAGCGAAGAGGUACGCAAGCGGCUUGGAUACAGCUCAGCGACGCCGAGGGGAUGGCAGUGGGUAUUGCAGCCUGCGCAGGCUGUAAUCAUCGAAAUGACUAGGUGA